ACGAACCGACCGUUCCGUUCCCAUAGUCGAAGUCGACGUUCGUUUUCGUUUCGGUGCUAGCCUACUUGGAGCCUAGGAGGGACAUGGACAUUGAACUCAACGACUCCAGCUUGUCUGCGAACUCUUUUUCUCUCUUCGAGUAGGGGGCGAGCGGGCAAUCAAUUCGCCGGGAUUCUCCAAUGUCGAGCGGGGCCUCGUCAUCGUCCUCGCCGCCGCCGGCGGGGGCCGGGGACGGAUAUUGGGCGGCGCGGGAAGAGGCGGCGGCGCGGCUGGAGGCGAUGGCCGCGAGGCCUCGUGGGGAGGACGAACUCUCGGCGGAACAGUUGGAGACCAACAACCAGCUCCAGGAGGACGAGGUGUUGGCACUGCAAGCUAUUUAUGUGGAUGAUAUGGUCAUCUUGGAGGAUAAGGCGGGUCUUCGCUCUUUUCAGAUUUUUGUGCGGUAUCCAGUUCCUAAUGGCAGUAAGGUCUUAUUGAGUCUUUGUCCAAACAGAACUACAAUUGGAACUGAUAAUGAGGGGAGCCAAGAUGUUGGUGAACUCUUUUAUGCUUGCAGCUUAAAGCAUUUGCCACCUGUGGUGUUAACUUGUUUGCUGCCGCGUUCAUAUCCCAGUACAUGGGCUCCUUAUUUUACUAUAUCAGCCAAGUGGUUGGAUGAACCAAAAGUUUCAUACCUCUGUGCCAUGCUUGAUGAGAUUUGGACUGAGCUUCAAGGGCAAGAAGUAGUGUAUAGAUGGGUGGACUGGCUGAGUAGCUCUUCAUGGUCGUGCAUUUCUUUGAACGACAGCAUAAUAUUAGUUCCAGGUGCAACUUCAGAUGUUGUGGAUGAACGUGCUAUUGCAAGAAAAGUUCUUGUUGGUUCUACUAUUCCUCUGAUGCAAGAUUAUGAUGAGAAUAGAUCUCAUGAAAUAUUUCUGAAAAGCCUACGUGAGUGUGGAAUUUGUCUUAGUGAAAAUACUGGCGUAAAUUUUAUCAAGCUCCCAUGCCACCAUUUGUUUUGCAUGAAGUGCAUGAAGUCUCACUGUACAGUUCAUGUGAAAGAAGGGAAUUUAACAAUGCUGACAUGCCCUGAUACAACUUGCCGCAGCCCCCUUCCACCGUCAAUAUUGAAAAGCCUUUUGGGAGAUGAUUGCUAUACGCGAUGGGAAUCAUUUGCGCUACAGAAACUCUUAGAUACAAUGCCUGAUUUGGUAUAUUGUCCCAGGUGUGAUGCUGCUUGCUUGGAGGUUGACAAUGAUGCCCAAUGCCAAGAGUGUUUUUUCACCUUCUGCUCUUUGUGCAAAGAACGACGUCAUGUGGGGAAGGAGUGUGUUGGUCCAGCAGAGAGAAUUAACAUUUUGAAGGAACGGCACCAGAAAUAUUCUAUGACAGAAAAACAAUUGUUGAGAGAACAGAGGGAAAUAGAUGAACUGUUAAAUGUCAUUGAAGUGCUUCGCAAUUCUAAGCAAUGUCCCUCUUGUAAAAUGGCUAUCUCAAAAACUGAAGGCUGCAACAAGAUGACCUGUAGGAACUGCGGGAAAUUCUUCUGCUAUCGUUGCAACCAGGCAAUUAGUGGAUAUAACCAUUUCUGGGAUGGAAAUUGUGUGCUGUUUGAAGUCACCAAUCAACGGAGACGUUUUGGACUCUAUGAAGAAUUAGACGAUGAUGAUGAAGAUCAAGUGGAGCUAGAGCCUGAAUUGCCAUGGCUUUAUCCUUGUCCCAUUUGUGGCCGCCGUAAUGAAAAGCUGGGCACAAACAAUCAUAUAUUGUGCAUGGGUUGCCGAGGCCACUACUGUGCGUUAUGCCGGAGGAGGGUUUUGAAGAGCUCCAAACACUAUGGACCGAGAGGUUGCCAGCAACACACAGAUCCUUGAGACUCCAAAUCUUGCUGUAUACAGUACAUAACACCUUUGUACAGAACAUCUUCGCCACUUCCAGUGUUUGCAUCCACUUGUUGUCCAAGACGAGAGGAUUCCUGUUGGCAGGGACAAUGUAAAUUUGCAAUUGGGAGGUUCCAUGGUAGCAUUUUAGCUAGGACCUUUGAUGUCAAGAACAAAUGGUUCGCCAUGUAAUGAACAGCGGAACAGGGCAUUCUAUUAACUGUAGAUUGAAGAUUCAAUUCUUGGCGAACGAUUGAAGAUUCAGUUCGUUUUAUGCA